GCGGGCACAGGUAAAUGCUUGACACCACGGCGAGGUUUUCUGCUGAUGCCUGGACCUGAUAAGGACUUCAAGUUAUCAUUCCUGAGAAACCGGAAACUGCAUAUGAAUCUUAACUUUCAGUUCUCAGAGCACCUUUUUCUGUUUUGGUUGUAACAACCUGAGAGUGAACAGUUGCUCGAUUUGGAGAAAACUUCUUGCUUACCUUUCCCAUAAGAAGAUAGUUUUGGGCGAGCUGCUUUUCUAACUUAAAAAACGGUGCACAACCCCAGAACUUUGAAUGUAUUUUACACUUCAGCCAGUCAAAAUGCCACAGUCUGUUGUCACAGAGAAGCAGCAACAUCCCGGAAGUCUCGGAGGAGCGGGCUGCACCACCGACAGCUACCGCCGUGAUUGCGGCGUUGUGGACGGUACACCUUCUCCCCAGUCGGGGGCUCAGCAGCAGCAACGACCGUACAAUAAGGUGUAUUUGUGCGCCGGAUGCGGCGGUCCUAUAGAGGAUAGGUACUACCUGCUGGCUGCGGAUCGUCAGUGGCAUACGGAUUGUCUACAGUGUUCAGAGUGUAAAAUAGCACUUGAUAGUGAACUGACGUGUUUUUCUAAGGAUGGAGGAAUAUACUGUAAACAACACUACUUCAGGAGGUUCGGUGUGACAAAAUGUGCCCGGUGUUGCACGGGCAUAGCAGCCCACGAGAUGGUCAUGCGAGCCCGUGAUCUCGUCUACCACCUCUCCUGCUUCACCUGCACCGCCUGCAACUUGGCUCUAACCCCGGGGGACUACUUCGGCAUGAGGGACUCCCACGUCUACUGCCGGCUUCACUACGAGACCGUAGUAAGCCCCAGGAGACACGGGGAGCAGACUCCCCUCCACCCCCACCAGCAACAGCAGCAGCAGCAGCAGCCACCGCAGCACCACCCAGGGUUGGCUUCUAACUACCAGGGCCCGUUGACCCCCGGGCCGUCACCGCCCUGCGCCUCGGGGCCGGCGACGUUCUACAACGGUAUGGGUGUCAGCGGACACAAGGGGAGACCUCGUAAGCGCAAGGGGGCUGAUUCUAUGGGCGACUACUGUAGAGACACUCCUGCACGGGAGUCAAAUCCAUUGUUUACGCCGUCUCACGGAUCACUGGUUGUUCCAACCCCUCCCCCGAUCAUCAGUCAAAAACCCAAGUGCCAAGCAGCGCGAUCACUCAUCGCUGCGUCGUGGGUCUAUCGCGCCGGACGAACGGGUCAGACUCAGCUACCGUGCGCCGGGUCUGGUCGACACCUCGGAAUACGUGAUGAUUAA